ACCAAUGCGUGGAUAAUUAUGGUGCUGAUAUUUUUCCCUAAAAAAAAGAUGUCAGCCCCUGGCUGUAGUAUUCCUCUUUAAAAUCCCUCUCUGAAAAUGUCAUGUCCCAACAAUGUGACUUCUAACUCGUUUUUGAUGGACUCCUUAGCCGGUACCUGCAGAGGGGAGAAUUAUUCCUCUAACCAAGGGAUGUAUAUGCAGUCUGGGAACGACUUCAACUGUGGAAUGAUGAGGAACUGUGGCAUCAUCCCGGCUCUUUCCAAGAGAGACGAGGUGAAUAACGCCAGCCUGUCUCUCAACACCUAUCCAUCUUACCUUUCUCAGCUAGACACCUGGUGUGACCCCAAAAAUACUUACCGAAUCGAGCAACCUGUUGCGAGGCAACUCCCCUCCUGCUCCUUCCCCACCAAUGUCAAGGAAGAGAAUGCUUGCUGUAUGUACAAUACUGACAAAAGAUCCAAAAGCGCCGCUGAGGCCACCCUCUACCCCAACCAGAUGCCUGAGCCUUGCCUCAAUGACCAUGAAGUCCCCGUGCCCAGCUACUACCGAGCCAGCCAAGGUUAUUCCUCCAUGGAGAAGGCGCCCAACUGCAGCAACCCCAGCGAGUUUGAGGCAAGUUUUGAACCCAGGUCGAGCCUCAACCCAAGGAGCGAGCUUCUGGAGCAACCACCACCGCCUCCGCCACCUCCACCUCCGCCACCACCUUCUCAGCAGCCACCACAACAACAACAGCCACCACAACCACAGCCGCCGACACCAUUAUCGCAACCAGGAGCUAAAGCCAGCUUCCCUGACAACACCAAGCCCGAGAAUCCUCAGAACAGCCCCGCCAACGAAAUCAAAACAGAAAAAAGUCUCCCUGUGGCCAAAACCAGCCCGUCGGAAGCUGAGAAGGACCUGAGCAAAUGCACAGACACCAGCACUGACAAUUCUGACAACGAAGCGAAAGGAAAGGCACGCUCCUUUUACCUCCCCUGGAAGAAUCCCUCUAUAAAAAAACAGGAAUACACUUUUUUUAAAACAACAACAACAACAAGGAGAAGAGCAACAACACAGAAAAUGGGAAGUCUCGGUGGAAGACGUGUAAAGGGAAACCAUCACAACAGCAGCAGCAGCAGCAAGAACAACAACAACAGCCAUCAAGCCACCGCAUAGGUUCUGUCCAUAAGAGAAGGAAAAGUUCAGCGAAGGAUGCAGCAGAUUCGAGUCAACAGGGAAGCAAGCAAGAAGAUUUAAAGUCUCCACAGUUAAACAUUCACUAUGAUUCUUUUUAAAUGAGACUUAGAGAUCCCUGCUAAAUAAAUCGGAUUGCUGGGGUUUCCCGGUUUGUGGUGUGCUGCUGCCAUUAGUUGAUGGACAGUUAUUGAAGGAACUCAGGAACAGGGUUGGUUUUUUUUAAUUUAAAUGCUUCCAAUAUGAACCACUCUCAAGGUAACCAUUACUAUCUCUUAAAAACAUUUUAUUAUGAAGGCAAAUGUAUGUUUUAGCAAUGCUCAGAUGGCUACUUAAUGUCAUGUUUAUCCCAGGCCAGACACUCUCUGAAACAAAUGAGAGUUUUAAGAUCUAGCUUUCCUUUUUGUUUAAUGGAGGCAAAGUUGUUUAAAUCAUCCACUUCCAUAUAAACGUUUCACUUAAAACAAGCCGACCUAUUCCUCUCCAUUAAAAGUUCAUUCAUCACAAACAGGGGAAAGGUUUCAGCAAGUUUCAAAGAGGGAUUGGACAUCUCAAUGCAGCAGGGAGAAUAGCUAAUAGUUUCACAUAGUGGCGCACAGAAUGUGAAACCGCCUGCCUUGGGGCUGUACCUGAUCAUUCCGGCAAGUGAUCUCAUCAAAGGUUGUGUGCUCCCCUCUCUGCCUCUCUGCAAAUGCUUCUGAUGUUCUGCCACACAUGUGGCGGGGACAGGAUAUUGGUCGAUAGAGGCCAUAUGUGCAAGCCUGUGUGGCAUGACAUUUCACAAAAAUGAUUUCUUGUUUAAAAAAUCCAGUUAUGACACAGAACUCUUGUCAGCAGUUUGGACCAGGUGCUAAUGAGUGUACAAACACAGGAAGCAUGAUGGAUCAUAUUUCCUGUGUCUUCACACUUUGUUAAUGCUCAGACUGGAGACUCAUAGUCAUUCUCCGUGUGGAGAUUAUGGGGAUGUUGUACAUGAAUAUCUAAGAAGUGUGAUGGUCUCAAAACAAAAGAGCAAAUGGCAUGAGGUAAGAUGGCACAACAUUCCAGUAAUUAUAUUAGGAAUUAUAUCCCUAGGCAUUUCCUAAACCCCCUAGUGUGACUCUGUGGCAGGCAUGGGCAAACUUCAGCCCUCCAGGUGUUUUGGACUUCAAUUUCCACAAUUCCCAACAGUUGGUAAGUUGGCUGGGAUUUCUGGGUGUUGAACUCCAAAACACCUGGCAAGCCAAAGUUUGCCAUGCUUGCUCUAUGGUAUGCUUCCACCAGAAGUUGAUAGUGCAAGAGACCCUAGAGAUGCCUUGAGAGGUGUUCUCUAUAACCAUUUCCAAGGUCCUCCUGUGUGACUUCUGCUGGAAAUAAUUCAUUCAAUGAGGUCCACUAUCACCCACAGUUUCAUGUCUUCAUACUAAAAUUUGGAAAUAUAUCCCCUGUAGAUUGGGGGUGGGGUACUGUAUAACACAACUUAGAAUUAGUUACCAAACAUGAAGCUUCAUGAUGGGAAGAUAAUGCUAUCUUAAAAAAUCCUUAUUAUACAGUGGUUCUCAACCUGUGGGUCUCCAGAUGUUUUGGCCUUCAACUUCUAGAAAUCCUAACAGCUGGUAAACUGGCUGGGAUUUCUGGGAGUUGUAGAACUGGGGACCCACAGGUUGAGAACCACUAAAAUAGAAGAAUGAAAACAUCCUCUAAGAAUGGGUAGGUAUGCCUUGCACUCUUAGUUUCACCUGUGAUUUUUUUUUCUGCACUACACAAUAAUACAGUUGCUGUAGCUGCAUUCCUAUGCAACCCUGGGAUUUACAGUUCAAGAAGGAGCCUUUAGAGAACAUCUGACCAAACUACAAGUCACAGGACUCCAUGAAAUGCAGCCAUGGCAGAUGAAGUGGAAUAAUAAUGCUAUAAUUGUGAAGUGUGAAAGAGACCAAACGGAUUCAAAUUGGCUCUCAGUGAUUAAAAGGAAUGUAUGCUUUUUCCUACUUGGGUUCAGGAAUGGAGGCAUCAGUGAAAUGAAGGCAGAUAUUUUUUAAAGACACAAUGCUGAUCCAGAUGUCUUUCUCAACCAUCUGGCCCUGAACCAUACAUACACUUACAUAUACUGUAUAUUUACUCGUGACUUGAAGGUUGGGUUGCUGACCUGAAGGCUGCCAGGUUCGAAUCCCACCUGGGGAGAGCGCAGAUGAGCUCCCUCUAUCGGCUCCAGCUCCAUGCGGGGACAUGAGAGAAGCCUCCCACAAGGAUGGUAAAACAUCAAAACAUCCAGGUGUCCCCUAGGCAAGGUCCUUGCAGACAGCCAAUUCUCUCACUCCAGAAGCAACUCCGGUUGCUCCUGACACGAAAAAAAAAUACUGUAUAGCAGUUUAGAGAAAUCUACCUAGCAACAGCUUAUAACACAUUUAACACAUGAAAAGAGGAUACUGGAAAUAUGUGAGCCAAUCAUGAUAAAGUAGUCAUUAUGACUCAUUAAGUCAUAAUGAAAAAUUAAUAAGCAAGGAUCAAAUAAAAAGUAGUCAUAUUGAACUUCUACCUUACAUUUCAGCUUGUUAUUGUUAUAUGUAGAUGUGGUCAGAAUGCUCUGCAAGACUGUCUGUUUUUCCCUUGAAAUUCCUAAGAGCUUAAUAACUCUAUUGCUUCUUCUUUUUCUCCCUUAAUUUAGAAUACAUCCUCCUUAAUAUUGCUCCACCCUAUUUAGGUAUCAUGGUCCUUUUUGGCUUUCCCCUCCAAUCUACAAGUCAAGGAAUGUGCCUUAUGAUUCAGUUCCCAUUGAAAUCUAGAAACUUGUUUUCACCGAUGCAUACUUUACUGUUGAUGAGAUUUGAGGCAAUAAAUGUUAUACAUUACCUGGAUUUUGCCUCUUCGCUCACCAGUCCCUAAAUACAACACCAUCCUUGCAUGAAAAUGUUAAAAGAAAACCAACUAAACCACGUCCAUCUGAACUUUUAUAUCAGUUCAAGUAAGCAUUCCCUGCUUGUACCCUAUAUGUUUGUUUGGGGUUCUGACUGAAAAUGAGUGCAUAUGCAGGUAUGUUUUCAUGGCCCAGUUUGACUGUAAAACUUGUAUUCAAUUCACUGAUAACUGGAGGCAUGGCUCUUUUUUAGCACAAGCACUCUUACCUGGGAAUAAGUACCACUGAUCAGAAAAGGAUUUAUCCCCAACUAAACACACAAUGCAUGACAUUUCAAGUAGCUUCCAGGAGCCACGGUUCCUAUCUGUCACAUUCACUUGUUAGGAAGGAUGGAACUUCUGAAGGACAUUAAGUUGGCAGAACUGAAUUAUAGAGGAUGGAUUGGAACAAACAGUUCCAGUGCUUCCAGUCUUUCCAGCACACAGGGAUCUUACACUCACAGAUUUGGCAACUAUCCAUUAUGAUUAUGUGAUUUGUUAUUAUUUUUAUACCCUGCCUCAAGGUGGCAAUCAACAUAUUUAAAACAGUACAAAUUAAAAACAUAAAAAGCAUGAAUAAAAUAUAAAUAUAAGAUUUAAGAAAGUUAAUUAAUUGAUGAAGUGAAAACAUCAACCAUUAAAUGCACUAAACAACUCAGCCUAUGUAAACAUGUUUCAGCAGAGGCUGUAGCGAGUACCCAAAACUAUGAAGCACUGAAGCCAGAUUGAAGACUGUAACUUUCCUGGCUAGCAUUAGUCCAAAACAUGACCAGGGAUCAAGAGUCUGUUGUCAAGGCCCAAAAGGGUCAGAAGUAAAAGAAAAUGGUCAGAACAGAAAUGAAUCAGAUCUAGACUGAUAACCUGAAGUUACAAUGAGAUGGGAGAAUUUAUUAACGACUAUUUGUUCACUGAUGGGUCUAUGGACCAUAAUACAUAUUGUUGAAAUGUAACAAUGUUACGUCACACAAUGCAGGGGACUCACCAAUGUCUCACCGUUGCCUAUGCAAGAUAGACUUGAUAAGAGUUGUAUGAUAACCAGAAGUCUAAAGAAUGAAAAGAAACUGACUUACAACUUUAAAUCACUUUGCUGUAAUCCCUUCUCUUCUUUCUGAGUGACUUUUCACAAAGGCUUUUUCUACACUGCCAUAUAAUCCAUAUUAUUGAAGCAGAUAAUCCACAUUAUCUGUUUUGAACUGGAUUAUAUGAGUCUACACUGCCAUAUAAUCCAGUUCAAAAAAAGAUAAUCUGUAUUUUUUAUGGCAGUGUAGAAGGGGCCUAAGGGACUUUAUCACACUAGAGUUUAAAUCCACUUUAAAUCUUCUUUAGGGAGGGGCCUUUAAACAGCUCAGUCAAAGAGCUCUUGGGCCUCACCAAACUACAAAAACCACAGAAUUCUGCAGGAGGCAGAAACCGGAUUUAAAGUGGAUCCAUGCUCCGGUGUGAUGAGUCUUAAGUAAAGAAUGUAGGAGAGAAUAUAUCUCAGUAGUUUGCAAGGGAAAUCUCAAGGUUAAACCCCUAGUACUUCCAUGUAAAAGAAAGAGAUAGCAAUUGAAGGGAAAUCCUCUCUUUGACAUCCUGGACAAUACUACUGCCAGGUCAGAGAUGGCUGUAUUAGGCUAGAUGGACAAUCUGUCCUGUUAUAAGGUAUUUCUGUUAAUGUAGCAGGAUGAACAUAGGCCAGAGGGGAAAAAACAUUUGUGGGGGUGGGGAAUGCCUUGGUGACCAGACUGAGAGGUUCACCCAAUUGUUCUUCUAGUGACUUUUCUCAUCAUACAGCACCUUUUCUCAUCAUACAGAAUCCUUUUGAGAUGGAAACUGCUGAGUUGGGCUCAGUGGAGACAGCCUCCUCCAAAAUAAGGCCAGCUGCAAAUCCAUCAGCAUUCAGAACAAGCAAAGAAGUGCUCUUCUCUCAUUUUGAUUGUCAGUUUGUAAGUAAAGAAGUGCUGCGAUCUCCAUGGAAGUUCAUCUCCUUAGCCCAAGCCUGUUAAUUUAUUUGUAUAAAUUCUACAAUUGCCUUUUUAUGUUCAUUUAAUGGCUAUUAAGAAGAGGAGAUUAUUUUUAUGUUCUUAUCAUUGCUUUUGAAUCAUUUGUUGGAGCUCCUCUGCAACAAAUUAAUUUCAUUACUAUCAUUUCUUCCCAGAUGUUUUUAUGUGUGUUGUAAUUCCAAAUAAAAGCUAAGCAAGUACUGAAGGGAAACAA